AUGUAUAACUUGAGUUGCUACAACCCUCCUUCCUUUACUCUUGUUGGAAUUCCUGGCCUGGAGAAGUUCCAUAUAUGGAUUGGGAUUCCUUUUUGUGUCAUCUAUGCUGUAGCUAUUGUGGGCAAUUGUAUUCUUCUCUACCUCAUUGCAGUUGAGCACAGCCUUCAUGAGCCCAUGUUCUUCUUUCUCUCUAUGCUGGCUGCCACAGACCUUAUUCUGUCCACUGCCACAGUUCCCAAACUGCUCAGUAAUCUCUGGUUUGCAUUCCAUGAAAUAACCUUCUCUGGUUGUCUUACCCAGAUGUUCUUUCUCCACUUCAGCUUUGUAGUGGACUCAGCAAUCCUGUUGGCCAUGGCAUUUGAUCGCUAUGUGGCCAUCUGCUUCCCCUUAAGAUAUACCACCAUCCUGACUCCACAAGUGAUUAUCAAAAUUGUGGUGAGCAUCAUUGUGAGGAGUUUCUCUGUUAUCCUGCCAGAUGUUUUUCUGCUGAAACGAUUACCCUUCUGUGGAACACGCAUCAUUCCACACACAUACUGUGAACAUAUAGGGGUUGCUCGGCUUUCCACUGCUGACAUCUCCAUUAAUAUCUGGUAUGGAUUUGCUGUGCCCCUUAUGACUGUUAUCUCAGAUGUGAUCCUUAUUGCUGUUUCCUACACAUUCAUUCUCCGGGCUGUCUUUCACCUAUCAUCCCAGGGUGCCCGCCAAAAAGCUCUGAGUACAUGUGGCUCCCAUGUUUGUGUUAUCCUCAUGUUUUAUACACCUGCCUUCUUCUCUAUUCUUGCUCAUCGUUUUGGGCACAGUGUUCCUCGAAAUAUACUCAUACUAUUUGCUAACCUAUAUGUAGCUAUUCCUCCUGCAUUAAAUCCUAUUGUUUAUGGAGUGAAAACCAAACAAAUUCAGGAAAAGUUUGUUCUCCUUUUCACUUUGAAGAAGUUAACAUAA